UCCUUCAAUCUGUUCUCAUGAUGAUCUUCAUAACCUUUCUUCUAUCUCAAAUCUCUCUCUCUCUCAAAUCUCUAGAGUUUCAAGCUCGAUCUUCUCUAUCAUCAUCGUCCAUGGCCUCGAAUUCGCAAGCUAUCCUUCUCCUUCAGAAACAACUGAAAGAUCUGUGUAAGCAUCCUGUUGAUGGAUUCUCCGCUGGGCUCGUCGACGAGAAGAAUAUAUUCGAGUGGAACGUUACCAUCAUCGGACCUCCAGAUACUCUCUAUGAAGGAGGAUUCUUUAACGCUAUAAUGAGCUUCCCUCAGAAUUAUCCUAAUAGUCCACCAACCGUGAGGUUUACUUCAGAUAUGUGGCAUCCUAAUGUUUAUUCUGAUGGUCGUGUUUGCAUUUCGAUCCUGCACCCUCCUGGUGAUGAUCCAAGUGGUUAUGAGCUUGCUAGCGAGCGCUGGACCCCUGUUCACACUGUUGAGAGUAUUAUGUUGAGUAUUAUAUCUAUGCUUUCUGGUCCAAACGACGAGUCUCCUGCAAACGUUGAAGCUGCUAAAGAAUGGCGUGAGAAGAGAGACGAGUUCAAGAAGAAAGUGAGCCGGUGUGUGAGAAAGUCUCAAGAAAUGUUAUGAACAAACUACGAACUUUUCCACAAUUAUGAUAUCUCUCUGGAGUUUCAUCAAAGUUCUUCAUGUUCCCCUUAUCUGAAACCCUUCAAAAAAACUGCCCAAACACAACCUGGUUUUACAUUUUUAUUUUUCUUGCGCAGAGCUUUCUGAAAUGUGUUGUUGAAUUCUUGAGUAACUGGUUAUCAUAAUGAUAAAAACUUGUAUUCGUUAAGAAUAAUGCUUCUUUGCUCUUAACCUUUAAACGUCACAGACUCAUUUGCGCUCUCA